UCACGGUUGCUUACUUACCUGGGGUCCGUCGCCGCGCAGUUAUGGCGGCGAGUGACCAGGCGGCUAUGGUGGUGAUGGCGGCGCUGUUGGCCGCCAUCACCACCACACACGGCGGCAACCUCGGCGGCCAGGUGGGAGGCGCUGGCGGAGGCUUCGGUGGCGGUGAUGGAGGAGGUGGUGGUGUUGGUGGGUCCUAUGAUGGCGGUGGUGGGAAUUCCCUUGACUUCGGGCAGCCUUCGGGGCAAGAUUUUGGCUUCACGCACGUGCAGAGAGUCAGUCCACCUGUGAUCCCAAUACCAGGUGGAGGAGGUGGAGGAACUGGUGGAGUGUACAGCGCCCCGGGAGGAGGAGGAGGAGGAGGAUCGGGAGGAGUUCAGAGAGUUAGUCCUCCUGUCAUUCCCAUUCCAGGAGGUGGAGGUGGUGGAGGUAACUACGGAGGAGGAGGAGGAGGUGGUGGAACAGGAGGAGGAGGAGGAGGUGGUGGCUUUGGAGGAGGAGGAGGAGGUGGCUUUGGAGGAGGAGGAAGUGGAGGAGGUCACGGAGGAGGAAUAGGAGGAGGAGGAGGAGGAGGGGGAUCAGGAGGUGGCUUCGGUGGAGGAGGAGGAAGCGGAGGAAGUGGAGGAAUAAUAGGAGGCUUGUACGGAACACCAAGUGGAGGAGGAGGAGGAGGAGGAGGAGGAGGAGGAGGAGCUUGCAGACCAAAUAUCCAAGUUUCAUUAGUGACAGCCACGCAGUUUAUUCCCACCACCCUCGUGAGCACCAGGACCCGCGCUAUUCCCACCACGAUCUUCAGGGAGAUUACCCACACUCGCAUCAUCCCCACCACGCUUGUCUCCAGGGACGUCAUCACCUCCUUCCAGCCCCCAGUGGUGCAGACGAGAACACAGCUUCUGACGGAGACAAAAUACGUAACGCGGGCCCAGAUCCUCACGGACACUCAAAUCCUGACGCAGACGCAGUUCCAGAGAGUGACAGAGACCUCCUUCAGCACCAGAGUCCAGCUGUCCACCACCACCCUCGUCUCUGUAAUCACCAGGACAGAGCAGAACAACCAGAUACAAACGCAAUUCCAGACCGUGUUCCGGACCCGCACAGAGACCCAGCAGCAGACAAGGACUGAAUUCCAGCCAACCUACUUCACCCAGACCCUAACAUCACACUUCCCUGUCACCGAGACGUCCAUCGCCACGCAGAGGGUUUACGUCACCGUCACGCAGACCGUCACCGCCCCUGCUACGUGUGGUGGUGGUGGUGGUGGUGGUGGUGGUGGUGGUAUUGGUUAUGGUUAUCAGUAGUUUCAUUUUUUUUCUUUUUCUUUCUUUUUUUUCUUUUUUUGUGUUAUGUGUAUGUUUUAGGAAGAGAAAGGCUUGUGUGUGUGUGUGUGUGUGUGUGUGUGUGUGUGUGUGUGUGUUUAUGUUUAUUCUGUUUCUCUUUCUCUGUGUCUUUGUCUCUAUGUGUGUGUGUGUGUGUGUGUGUAUUUAGUUGGUGCGCUUUUGCAUAUUCUUUUAUUUAUUUUCCUUGUCUUUCUCUCUGUGUCCUGAGGUGAAGAUGAAAGUACGUGAGUAAAAUGAAGUGCAAUUA